GUCUUCUCAAAACCGAUUUCGAACCCACAACCAGAGUUGAAGAAGAAAGAAGGAAAGAUAAAAUGAGUGAAAGGACAGUACCCAGAAGGGAGAGUCCAUGGGGUAUGCCUGAGGGAGAUCACCGGCAACCAAAACCCCACAGAUGCAAUGACCGCGCUGAAGAUGUUAUACAAGCAUGCUUUGAAGGGAAUCCAUUCAAAACAGUUCCAGGGCCUUUCAAGCUAUUUUGGCAGUGCAUGCGGUCAAAACCUGGGGAAGAGCCUACUCAGCCAUUCUACUACUUGGAUUUGGACCCCCCUACAAGAGAAGUAAAGUUUGAGUAGUGCCUUAUCUUAGAAUUCCUAAAUAAGGUCAUCAUUUUGUUUUUUAAUUUCAGUUCUUCUUAUCAAUGACUACAUUGUGAUGAAACUGCUCAUAAUUCUGAAUUUUUAUUCCUUGAACGAAAGUGACCAUAAAAUGAUGGUUGAUGAUCUAUCUUAAAACAAAACAUGAGAUCAAUGUCUCCUUUAUGAAUCAGAAGUUGCGUAAAAGAUUAUCAAUUUUGUAUAUUAGAGCGUGAUAAUUAUAGCAGGAAGUAUUGUCUA